AUGGAGGAUACGGAGUGCAUUUCUCGAAGGUGCAACGACAUGGAUAUCGAUAUCUUGGUCAGAAUUUUCCAAAACUUGAAUAUUUUCGAGCUGACAUUUGGAGUCGGCCAAGUCUGUCAGACGUGGAGAAUGGCAGCCUGUGACCCUCUGCUCUGGAAAACACUCGACAUGUCGUUAUUAAAGUCCAACUUCAUCAAGAUCCCUUUGGAGCCUUACGUAUGCCCCAAGCUGAGGCGUCUAAUCAUGCCCGCGUGGAACCGAAUAAAAAAGACGGGCAUAUGCCGAGCCAUAGAGGCAUGGGGGGAGCUCGAGUCCCUGACAAUGCCCAGCAUAUCUAACUCUCCUUACCUAAUCGAGCAAAUCUCGAGCAGCUGCAAGAAUUUCUCGGAGCUUAAAAUCAUGGGCCCGUGUGACGUGCUGUUUGCAUCCAGCUUGGCGACCUUCCUUCCGGACCUCAAAGUCCUGAGCCUUCGGUGCUCGAAUCUCUCCCGAGAUGCCCUUUUAAUAAUAUUGGAUGGGAUGAUGGGGCUCGAGGUACUUAACAUCUCCCACUGUAUGAUAGUCGAGGUGCCCCCAUACCCUGGCGCUAGACGGGUCCUCACGGAGCUCGACAACGGGUUGAUCGAGCGGGCAAGUCGGCUGAAGGGGUUUAUCACGUGCAUGAGUGGGUCGUGCGAGAUGUGCCGGCGGACGAGGAAUGACGAGGGGUUGAUGAGGUGGUACAAGUAUGAGGAGGAUCUGUGGAGGGUGGAUGAAGUUGCUUCUCUUGCUUUUUGA